CCAAGGAGGAGACAGACUCUGGAGGGCUCGAGGAAGUGUCUGGACCGACUGACCGAGGCUGGGGCCAGCCAGACGCAGGGUGGCGGCGUGGCGGGCAGGGCUGCAAGGCCCGGCUGCUCUGGGGUGCCUGCAGCCUGCCGGCCGGCCGGGGCUCAGCCCGGGACACCCUCUCCCGCAGCCUGCUGCCCCUCCGGGCACUCAGAGGGGAGGACACUUGCUGAGUGGCUGAGCCAGCUACCGAAACGGUCAUCCUCCCUCCCUGCAUCCCCGGGACCCCCCCCACCCCCCCUCCUCGCCCGCUCACCUCCACCAUCCUCCCCACCGGUGCUCCCCAGCAUGGAGGAGAGCGGAGACUUCGACACCUACUACGGCGGGGACAACCAGUCGGAGUGCGAGUACGCCGAGUGGAAGUCGUCGGGUGCCCUCAUCCCCGCCAUCUACCUGCUGGUCUUCCUGCUGGGCACCACGGGCAACGGGCUGGUGCUCUGGACCGUGUUCCGGACCAGCCGCGAGAAGCGGCGCUCGGCUGACAUCUUCAUCGCCAGCCUGGCCGUGGCCGACCUGACCUUCGUGGUGACCUUGCCGCUGUGGGCCACCUACACCUACCGCGACUACGACUGGCCCUUUGGGACUUUCGCCUGCAAGCUCAGCAGCUAUCUCAUCUUCGUCAACAUGUACGCCAGCGUCUUCUGCCUCACGGGCCUGAGCUUCGACCGCUACCUGGCCAUCGUGCGGCCCGUGGCCAACGCCCGGCUGCGGCUGCGGGUGAGCGGCGCCGUGGCCACGGCCGUGCUGUGGGUGCUGGCCGCCCUGCUGGCCGUGCCCGUGCUGGUCUUCCGCGCCACCGGCGACCUGGAGAACAGGACCCGCGUGCAGUGCUACAUGGACUACUCGCUGGUGGCCAGCCCCAGCUCCGAGUGGGCCUGGGAGGUGGGCCUGGGCGUGUCGUCCACCGCCGUGGGCUUCGUGGUGCCCUUCACCGUCAUGCUCACGUGCUACUUCUUCAUCGCCCAGACCAUCGCCGGCCACUUCCGCAAGGAGCGCAUCGAGGGCCUGCGCAAGCGCCGGCGGCUGCUCAGCAUCAUCGUGGUGCUGGUGGUCACCUUCGCCCUCUGCUGGAUGCCCUACCACCUGGUGAAGACCCUCUACAUGCUGGGCAGCCUGUUGCACUGGCCCUGCGACUUCGACCUCUUCCUCAUGAACGUCUUCCCCUACUGCACCUGCAUCAGCUACGUCAACAGCUGUCUCAACCCCUUCCUCUACGCCUUCUUCGACCCCCGCUUCCGCCAGGCCUGCACGUCCAUGCUGUGCUGUGGCCACCGGGGCCGCUGCGGGGCCGCCGCCCACAGCAGCAGCGGGGACAAGUCUGGCAGCUACUCUUCCGGCCACAGCCAGGGCCCCGGGCCCCACUCCGGGAAGGGCAGGGAGCAGACGCAGGAGAAAUCCCUGCCCUACAGCCAAGAGACGCUGGUGGUGGACUAGGGCUGGCGUCUGAGAGAAAGUGGGCAGGGGGGCGGGGGUUGGGGGGGUCACCCUCCGCCUGGCCCUGGCUCUUGGGCAGUCGCGGGGAGAGCAUGGGACCUUCUCCCUGGCACUUGCUCUUUCCCCAGGCUCCCUGCCUCCUUACCGCCCCCAUCCCACCCCUCUUCCUGCCUUGCUCCCCUCCUUGUGUCCCGCUCAGAGCUGGGGCUCUGUGGAGGGAGAUGGAACCCCCCCCGCCCCCCUGCCUGAUGCUGACAUUGUGCAUCACAUCUCCCUCCCCCACUGGCAGAAAACAAGGGAACCCCAGUGCUCCCCGGAAAGGCAAGGCAAGCAUCUUCAGGCUUUUACUUUCUGCUCCUUGUUCCUCUCUCCGCCUUCUUUCUGCCUCCAGCCCCCCCUGCUCUCGCUCUCUUUGCUUUCAAAUCCUCCUCCGUGUUCCCUUGGGCUCCUAAGGGUUAAGAAUCCUGCCGCUGGGGAACACACCCUGUGCCCUGAGUGUGGGAGAAACUCCCAGGGGCAGGAAGGAGCUGUGGCUGCCCUGGGCAGAGCCAUCUCCAGGACCCCCCCAACCCCCCACCCCCCUGCCAUGCCCCCCACCAAACUGUCUUAUUUUAGGCACUGGGGUUAGAGCAUCCCAGUACGGUGGUGGUGGUGGGGCUGAGAGGGUGGGGGGCUUCCGAUAGUGUCUCCGUGAUACUAAAGAAGGAUGCUUGCUGCAGCUUUCCCCGUUGGCUGUCCUGCUGCCCCUCUGCGGGGAUUAGGGGGCCACGGGGCUGGUGGCUGCUCAGUGCCCCCCAGCGAGUGGAGAGUUGGGCAGGGAGAAAGGAGAAGAGGAGGGAGGUGUUUCUUGUCUGCACUGCCCCCCCCCACCCGUUCCCCACCUCUCACCAUCCUCCUUUCCCCUACAUGCCUUCCUGCAGGAUUAUGCUACAGCAUGCUUUCAGCUCCCUACCCAUCUCCAGGGACAAAUUUUUUUUUGGGGGGGCACUGGUGCUCCCCGGUGUGGUGCCCUGAGCUCCUUUGGGGGAGGGUCUGCUGUGUGUCUCUUGAUCUGUGCAGGCAUGAGCCCGGCAGGAAGGGCCCCCCGAGUGUGUCCCUGCACCCCUUGGACCCUGCCUCCCCUCCCCUCACGCCUCUGUGCUUCCCAUACAACCUCUGUGAGCAGAAGAGACAAGAGAUGCCCCCCUCCCCGCCCCCCGCCUGAGAGGAAGAGGGCGUGCACCCCCAAGGUCGGGAGCUCUGACGGCUGGUCCGUGCUUUGAGAGAGAAGUCGAUGUGGGUGCCAGGCCCAUAGCUUAGGGACACGGGGCCCUGCUGUGUCCCUGAGCGCCCCCUAACCCCCGCCCCGGGUUUCUAGAGAGCCUAAGGAGGCCGGUUCAGGGUCCCCCCCAACCCUUUCCCACUCCCCCUCCCUUGGGGUUUAUAGUGGUUCCCCCACCGGCCCUUUUCCCAGGCUCAGGGCUCAGCGGCCACCUGUUUGCUUGGGGGUGUGGGUUUUCGCACCUCACCGUCAGGAUUGGAGCCCCCCCCCCCCCGCCCCCGGUGCUCCUGCUGGGCUGGGAGCCGAGAAACAGCAGCAGCAGCUGUGUGUGUGUGUGUGUGUGUGUGUGUGUGUGUGUGUGUGUGUGUGUGUGUGUGUGUGUGUAUGUGGGGGGCUGAUGGCGGCUGCAGAGAGGCCUGCAGGGGAACGUGCCAAACUGACCUCGGGGGCCUUGGGCUUGAGAAGGGGGUGCCCAUGGCGGGGUUUGUUCUCGGAUGACCUGGGCCUGAAGGGCCGAGCUGUGGACUCGGAGCGGGCGUCCGCGGGAUGCAGGGAGCAGGGGGAGGAGGACAUGGAAGCGGCUCUCUGGCCACCCCCAGCUGGAACCGUCCAGGGCUCACAAGUUAUCCUGGAUUGUUCUCCCCAGCAGCAGCCUGAAGCUUCGAGAAGGGAAGAGGGUGCGCGCGGACAAUUGCUGGGGCUGAUUGGUGGUCCCGGGCAGAGGGCCGCCCCCUCCCCACCCGCCCCUCCCUCAGAACAUCCAUGCUGCUUUCUGACCCUUUUC